UCCUCUUUCAACGUUCACCAAAAGUCCCAAAACCUCUGCGCUUUCGUGCUCUUAUCAAAAUGGAGACGGAAAUCCCCACUACAGCCGUUGGAUCCUCGGACAACCCGAACUCUGGUAACAAUCUCAAGAGGAAGCGAAGGCCUCGGGCGCCGAUAGCUUGUGGUACAUGUCGAGCUCGUAAAGUAAAGUGUGAUGGUAGUUCGCCAUGCUCCAACUGUGUUCGACACGAAUUCUCGUGCUCAUACAAAGAAGGACCGGAAGACUCGUUUGUAAUAAGACCAGAAUGAGUCCUGAUUGGGGCUAACUCAUCCCACAGACCGAGUAAGAGGUCAUCCUCAUACGAUCCCACCGGCCGCCUGCAACAACGUUUGCAGCCUCAACCUCAGCUGAUACCC